AGAGGGGCAGCGCGCAGGCGCACUACGCCCGCCGGGUACAGAGGGGCAGCGCGCAGGCCGAGUAGGGGUGAGGCCAGGCGGCGCGGCCGUUGUCCCGAUGCGGCUUGAGCCUUGGCCUUGGCUCAGGCUCUCUAGCACCAAGGCCAUGGAUAUGCAGAAGCCCAAGGGCCAGGAUGAGAUGGCAAAUUUGGGUCUGUCCACCAGACAGGCUCUGAUGGCGCUCCGUAACCAGCUCACUGCAAUCCUCGAAGAGCAUCAGAAGCAGCAGAAAAAAAAGGAAUCUUGGAAGGAAGUGUGGCUUAAGGGCUUCCUCAACCCGAAUAACAGAAGCUCCAGCUUCCAUUGGCCAGGGGCAUCUCUCAUGCUGCUGGCUGCAAUCUUACUGCUGUGUUGCUAUGGCAGCCAGCCAAAUGGAAGCCAGGGCACUGCAGUACUGAAUGCAGGAAUACUGUUCCUUCUGAUAUUUAUCAACCUGUAUGUAAUCGGAAGACAAGGGCGACUGAAAAAGGGAGAGGUCGUUGCCAGACUACAAGAAAUCAUCAAGAAGCUAAACGAAACCCUUGUAGGUAAUGGCAAUGUUAAAUGGGAGAAUGCAUCGUACCCAGACCUCUUUAUACCUUCUGCUCCAUCUUGGUCACUCCACUGGGCUUAUAGAGAUGGGCAUCUCGUAAAUCUUCCUGUCUGUUUACUAGUGGAAGGCGAUGUCAUUGCACUUAGACCCGGCCAAGAGUCGUUUGCCUCCUUGAGAGGUAUUAAGGAUGAUGAACACAUAGUACUGGAGCCUGGUGAUUUGUUUCCACCUUUUUCUCCCCCACCGACACCCAGAGGAAAAGAAAAGAAGGGGCCUGAGGUUCCUCAACAACACAGGCUCUUCAGAGUAGUGAGGACUCCAGUUCUUGAAAAUGUUAGGCGGAGUCUGGACCUGGCACUAUCUCGACCUGUCACUGCGCUUGAUAAUGAACGCUAUACGGUGCAAUCAACGAUGGAGAAAUACACUGUUCCUUGCGUUCUGGCUGUAUUUCUGAUUACAAACACUGUGCGGUUUGUUCUUGAUGCUCCUGGAAUUGGCAAUUGGAAGUUUACCUUCUUCCAACUUCAGGUGAAUGCCGUUCUGCCCAUUCUCCCCUUGUUCUUUCCUGUGGUGUGGGUGCUGGUCACGGCCUACGGAGAAGCUAGAGUUCUAGCACAGUUCACCAAGGCUGGUGCUCCUGUUGGCAUGAUGGCAAAAUUUUCUGAAGAUACGCUUAGCAGUUACACAGAAGUGGUUACUACAAAGGAAAUUCUGUUCUGUAUUUGGGGUCACUUCUGGUCAUUACUGCGAGGAAAGUCACUUAGCCUUUGCUACACGUCCAGUCUGCUUCAGAACCUGGGCUCGGUCACUGUGCUUUGCUGUGUGGACAAGCAAGGAAUACUGUCCUGGCCCAAUCCCAGUCCGGAAACGGUUCUGUUCUUUAGUGGCCGUGUGGAGCAAUCACAUGACAGCCUAGAGGACCUGAAAGAUGACAUGUCCAUGAGAUCAUUUUGUCAUCUAGAGAUGGAAGAAGAGAAGGAUGAGCCCAGAGAAGCUGAUGCUCUAUUGCCCAACACCGGUCUGGAAUUUCUACAUAUCACCGAUGAGGUCGAGCAGGAAAAAGAGGAAAAGACUGAGAGCACUCCGCGGUUGAGGAAGCGAAGUGACAAUCGGCGAUGCAAGCACUUGUCGGGCUCUAGUGUCAGCUUCAGCAAAGACACAGAAGGAGGGGAGGAUGAUGCGACACAGGUGAGCGGUAUUGAUGAAGACCUGGACCUGGAAGCAGAUGAUUAUAUUUGCGAUUACCACCUGGAAAUGCUGAGCCUUUCUCAGGACCAGCAGAACCCGGCCAGUAUUCAGUUUGAUGACUCGAACUGGCAACUGCACAUUUCUUCACUGAAACCACUGGGGCUCAACAUCCUCCUCAAUCUAUGUUACUCCACCGUUACAGAGCAAGUGUGCCGCUUCUCUGAUCAUCUGUCCAAUAUCGCCCUGCAAGAGACAUCGGGCACAGCCGUGCCAAUCCAUGUCCCUUGGGGGCUCUGUGAAUUAGCCAGGCUCAUAGGCUUUACCCCUGGUGCCAAAGAACUCUUCAAGCAAGAGAAUCAUCUGACCAUGUACCAACUUCCGACAGCAGAGAUGGUCAAAGAGCCGGUGCCACGCCGACUUUUGAACGUAAACAAGAGGAGACCACCACUCAGUCACAUGAUCAGCUUAUUUGUGAGAGAUACAUUGACCGAUAGUGUGCAGAUGUUAUCUCACGGCACAGCUGAUGUCAUCCUAGAGGCCUGCACAGAUUUCUGGGAUGGUGCAGAUAUUUACCCCCUCUCUGGUUCCGACAGGAAAAAAGUGCUAGAUUUCUACCAACGAGCCUGUCUCUCGGGAUACUGUUCGGCUUUUGCUUACAAGCCGAUGCACUGCAUCUUAUCCUCUGAGUUGAACGGGAAAUGCAUCGAGUUGGUCCAGGUGCCAGGUCAGAAUACCAUCUUCACCUCUUAUGAUUUACCGGGGACCACACCCAUUAAACACGGCAGCAGACGGAACAGCUGGAGCUCUGAUGAGGGAAUAGUGGAGGUGAUGGAGAAGGAAGACUGCAUCCAAGCCUUGAGUGGACAGAUCUUCAUAGGAAUGGUCUCCUCUCAAUAUCAAGCUCGGCUGGACAUAGUCCGGCUAAUCGACGGCCUUGUGAAUGCAUGCAUCAGAUUCGUCUACUUCUCCUUGGAAGAUGAGUUAAAAAGCAAGGUAUUUGCAGAAAAGAUGGGAUUAGAAACGGGCUGGAACUGUCACAUCUCUCUGCUGCCGUAUGGUGGAGGUUCAGGUUCUGAGAUUCCACAGUCCAGCCCAAGCCAUGCGGGCUCUCUGCAUGAUGACAUUCUGGAUUCAAAGGAUGGUGCAGAGGGAGCCUUACUAGUGGACGAAGAGAGGCACUCUGAUCUCAUUAGCUUCCAGCCAACGGACAGUGAUGUGCCAAGCUUUUUGGAAGAUCAUAACAGGGCUAAACUGCCGCGAGGAAUCAACCAAGUUCGACCACAUCUUCAGAACAUUGAUAAUGUGCCUUUGCUGGUCCCUCUGUUCACCGACUGCACUCAGGACGCAAUGUGCGAGAUGAUGAAGAUCAUGCAAGAGCAUGGAGAGGUGAUCUGCUGCCUGGGAAGCUCUGCCAACUUCAGAAACAACUGUCUUUUUCUACAGAGUGACAUUGGUGUUGCAAUGGAUCCACUCUACCCAUCCCGAUGCUCCUGGGAGACCUUUGGCUACGCCACCAGUGCAAAUGUUUCAUUUGAUUCCGAUGAACUUUCCCCUCUGCAGUUAUCUGGCCUCUUGAACAGCCUGCCUUGUUCCAUUUUCUUUCACCAUGAGGAAAGCAUCAGCAUCAUCAAACUCAUUGAACAGGCACGGCAUACAGCAUAUGGAAUCAGGAAAUGCUUUCUGUUCCUCUUACAAUGUCAGCUUACUCUUGUUUUCAUACAGUUUCUGGCCUGUCUGGUUCAGCUCCCACCACCACUCGGCACCACCGAUGUUCUCUGGCUGUCCUGCUUCUGCUACCCAUUGCUCAGUGCUGCCUUGUUGGGGAAGCCUCCAGACAGUUCGGUGAUGACAGUAGCAACAGGAAAAAACUUUGUAUCCAUUCCAAAAAAGACUCAGCAGCACUUCCUUGUGUGCUUCCUGAUCAAGUUCAGCCUCACUGUUUUUGCCUACCUCGUUUGCUUUGGAUUUAUGCUGCAGGAGUUUUGUAAUAAGUCUAGAUCUUUGAAUGUUACCAACUGCUUGUCAAUAAUGAACAGUUCUGCAGAGGGAGCACCAAUAUGGUUUGACAAGUAUUCUAACGGAUUGUUGCUGGCUCAGAAGGUGAUGGCCUGUUUCAUUGUUCUACACACAGUUUGCAUUUCCAUCAGCCAUGUUCACUGGUCCAAAACCCUCUGGAGGAAAAGUCCUUUCAGUAACUUAUGGUGGUGUCUCACUUUACCUGUAGUGCUGGUGAGCCAAAUUGUAUUGGUGCUGGUGGAUUUAAAGCUGUGGAAAAACAUGGACACCCAGUUGACUUUUGACCUGCAGGACAUCCCCCUGAUCUCUUGGCUCCUUGGUUUACUGUCUCUCAUUCUCGUGGUAUUUAUCAAUGAAGUGGUCAAGCUACAUGAAAUAAGAGUACGAGACCGUUACCAGAAGAGGCAAAAGCUGCAGUUUGAAACCAAGCUAGGAAUGAAUUCUCCGUUCUGACACUGGGAAAAGUGCUGAUGAGCCAAGUUGCUAACUGGAGAGGAGCAGCAACUUCUGGACUGACUUCAGAUAGGUCAAGCCAAGGAGCUGGCCCACAAACAUUGUUUUACUACUGCAUGAAGACUUCAAAACUGCACUAGAAAUUGAAAACCUCACAUCAAUUGAAGGGGUUUACCAGAUACCUCAGGUCAAACACACAGAGCAUAGAGAUGGGAGCUUCAGGAAGUGGAACCUGGAAAUGCACAUUUGUGUAAGCUAAAGUGGAAAAAGACCCUUAUGUAAAAGUUGGCCUUCAGAAACCGGAGAGAGAUUCAACAUUACAUCUUUCUCACCGUGCGUCAGUUGGGCAGUGGCGGGAGAAUGCAUCUCCGUGUCAGAAGUGAGGAACUGAGACUUCAGCAAAGGAAAUAACAUUGGUUGUGGCUUUACAAGCAAAUUGUGAAUCCUUCCCACAAGGAUUUGCUGAGCGUCCCCUUUUCCAGUUUUGUGGGUUUCAGGUGACAAUAAUGAAAGAGACCCUUAUGUAGCAGUUGGUAAUGAUAUACUCAGAGCCCUUAACCUUUAAAGUGUCUUAGGAAGCAGGAAUCUUAUCGCUGCCUCCCAUUUUUAAAUUCCUUCCAUCUUGUGGACUUCCUAGCUGCCACAGCAGUAUCCAUUAAGCAGUAGGGAAUCCCUUCACACUCGGUUAGGUUGCUUCUGCAAGCUGCUAGGAGGUGCUAUAUGGUUUUAGAUCAGAGACCCCACCAGAAUCAGGAUUUGCUCUGUCAAGCCCAGCCAUGCACAUUCAGCUCAAUGAAGUACUUGGCUUGUUUUUGUGUAUGUGUAUGCCCCUGUGUGUCUAUACAGUGCCAGGCUGACUGUAUUUGAGAGGUAUUGGAGAUUGUAUCCAAAGUAAUUCUAUAUUGAAUGAGUGUGGGAUUAGACUAAAUGUUUCAAAUCAUCAGUUCACGUGCUGUCUUUUUUUCAGUCAAAGAAUUGAUUGCUUGAUUUGACUGGAUCAGUCCAAAAGCAAAUUGCUGCUAGAAAUCUGAAAUAAAAUCACAAUGUUGGAAGUACUCUGGCAGCUUCUGUGGGUAUAGAGAUAAUAUUCCAAGUUAAUGACUUUUCACCAGACGUCAGAUCUCUAGCACUGAUUUUACACAGUCUGCAAGAUGAGAAGGAAAUUGUAGUAUUGUUGCCUGAGCACAUUGAUCUUGUACUCAAAAAUUGCCACUCCCAUUCAGGACAUUGCAGGAAAAUAGUGCUGCAGCUUUUAUGGAAGUGUGUUCAUCUUCUGGUUCAUUAUAUCCCUAGUUCAAAGUGAAGAAGUAAGUGUGCCGCCUUGCUUGGCCUUUCAACCUUUCAAUUCACAUGUAGAAUGAAAUUUUGGCCUAGAAAUUGUUGCACAGAAAUGAAAAAGCAUGCUUUUACUACCCAUCUCAAGUGACAGAUGAUCAGAUGGUCUCUGGUGAAAAGCAGCACGGUGGAAUUUUGACUGGGCAUUUCCCGUCUUGAACCUAUAUUGUUCUGCCAACACACUUCCACAUCGGAUGUAGGCAGAAUAACAUCAUGCCUGUGCCAUGCUCUUUAAGGGAUGUUUCAAAGGGAGCAAUCAGUCAAUACGAUUCUAAAGUGUGGGGAAUUCUCAACCUGUACAGGUGUCCACAGUGCUGCCAUCUGAGCCUGUCCCAGCUCAUCACUCCAAGCCUGACUUGGUUAGGUUACCUGACUGACUGGCUUUCUGUCACAAGUGCCCUACAUUCUCUCAGUCCAUCCACCACUCCCCAAAAUGUCAAAUUAAGGGCCUCCAUUUCACGGCAGACAUGUAUCACAAAUCUAAACUCAAGCUUCCCUCCCACCAAGCUGGUGAUCACAGUUAGCCUGAACCUGUCGUGUUUUUAUCAUCUUGCUCUCUGCACCAGUGAAAGUGAUAGGAAAAGAUCUUACCCUGGUGCAUGGUUCAUUCUGAACCAUCCAGCCCAUUGAACCAGAGGUGCUACUGAACUUUAAAGCAGUUGAAUAACCGUCAAUUCCUUGAUCUGCCAUAUAUUGGUGAAUUAACAUGUCAGCCUGGGCAUAGAGGAAUUUCCAGUCCAUCUUGUCCAACGCAAAUUGCCAUUUUGGCUACCCCCAAGUUAAAUUGCUAACCAUUUUAAGUAUUGGGCAAUUUUGAUUGUAGAGAUAAUGUGGCUUCAUAUACAUGUGGCUGGAUGGUAUUAUUCAGUCCUUCAGCUUCUAAAAGGCCUGUGCACUGCUUUACAACCACAUUUUCCUUUCAACAUCGCCUCUCCUGUUUCCAUGUCCCUAUUUGUAGCUGUUUAAAUCUUCAAUAUUUCCAAAAUUACAUCAAUCCUUGCACUGAUGCACUGUAGGAAUUGUGACACAUACUAAUCGUUGCACAUUUCCACAUAUGUAAGUGACAUUAAAAUCCCUGAUAGUUUUGCACAUUCUCUUUCACCCACAUGACUCAUUACUCUUGUGCUAAGGACCGGCUCAUCAGGUAAUGUGUAUCAUUCAAAGUAAUACACAUGCAUAAAUUGGCACUAACCACAGGUAUUGUUUAUCUAGCUACUGAUUUGUGGUGUAUUAUUGCCCCCUGAUGAUGUAGUUGCUAAACUCCAGUGAGUUUUAGAAUGUGUUUUGAUUUCCAGCAAGGCUUAGCAAGGAAGGCAGAACCAUUAACAGAUUAAAUUGCCAGUUUAGCAAUUGCUUGUUUUAACUUGUUACACAAAAUGCCUUGCAAUUCCUCACACAAGCCUUCAAAGAUGCCAAAUUAGAUCUCUUGCUACACUGUUCAAUUCAGUGAUUACAAAAAAAUAGUUUUGUUUUUGAGAAACCACAUCUGCUCUUUCCAAAUCUGUAGGAAGGGACUGCAGAUGCUGGUUUAAAUUGAAGAUAGACACAAAAUGCUGGAUGUCUGAAGAAGGGUCUCGACCCGAAACGUCACCCAUUCCUUCUCUCCAGAGAUGCUGCAUGUCCCACUGAUUUACUCCAGCAUUUUGUGUCUAUCGUCUGCUUUUUCCAAGAUUGUUAUUGUGCUGUUGAAUGUUCACUUCACUGAUAGUGUGUUAGACAGGAAGCCAGACAUUCUGUGAUUGUGAAGUUAUUCCAUGUGAUAGUCCUGUAAGAGUUUAUACAAGUUUUGAGUUCUCAUGCAGUUUGUUUCCUGCGGCAUUAUCUUUUGUGGCCCUGUAACUGGUUGAACUGGAGCAGUGAAGCAGCUUUCAAUUGCA